AUGGCCCCCCUCAUCAACGAAGCGAAUGGUGACCAUGGCACACGCGCGCAACCCUUCCUAGCCACAAUGCUAGUGCUCGAUUACGGUAAGCUGGCAAACAACUGCCUUUUUAUCGCGGGCGACAAUUGCUCAGUGAACAGGCGGUUGGCAUCCAGAAUGGGCGUUCCGCUGGAGGGAUGUGCAAGCCACCGCCUAAAGUUGGCGGUGCAGGCAUACUUGAAACGCUACGAGGAAGAUUUGGCGCAGAUUCAAGCGCUCAUGCGGCACCAGUGUGAUGUCUCCCACACAACGGACAACUCGGAGAACGAGUUUGUCGUGCAAUUCAAACCCUCGCUCGGAUCAAGUUCGGCCAUGAACGCCAUCGUCUGA